AUGGUAUCAAAGGCUCCCCCCAGCGUAACUUUACCGCCAGAGUAUUACAAUCCAAUUCAGCUACACGCCCUGCAGCUAGAUGCUCAGGGCUGUCCACUUGAUCCAAUUUUAAUAACGGGUACUCGUUAUUCCGCAGAUCUUCAAAGAGCAUAUGCUGAAUCUCAAGUUUUUAAAUUUGCUGAUCGGCCAGGAAUUUGGUUCUUUUGCCAAAUACAGAUGUGCAUGAAAAAAGACGGAAUGUGUGAUGGAAUUACUCCACCAAACUGUAAUGGAGUUACUAAAUCGGAUAGAGUGUCUUCUAGGAAUGGGGAUAAAUAUUCGAGAAGAGGAGCUAAUACAUCAAAGAGCAAUUCUGGAACAGAUUAUGAACCUUUAGAAGUUAACCAAUCACCACCUGGUCAGGAAGAGAACGAGGACUACGAAAGUAGUAAACCUGAAUUUACAACAACUUCAUUAAGAGUUCCAAUAGCUAAAAGGCCAACAACUACCCAAGAAAAGUUUGAUUUUUUUCUAAAUAAAUCAAAUUUAAAUAUAAUUUUAUUAAUUUCAAGCCAAUCUAGCGACUUUGCUUCCCCUCCCAGUCAUCCAAACGGUGCGGAGGCACCUAGCAGUGAACCAGAAGCAAUACAAGUAUUCAAUCCUGGAUAUAGCCCCAAUACAAAUUAUGGAAUUGGCAGAGAUCCUCCAGUAGGAUUAUCCAAAACAAUUACAAUUAACAACAACAAUCCUUAUUUACCCCCACAACCAGCUUUGCGUUCAAGUAGCCAUAAACACCGUGAAGUAGUUAGCGCUGAAUUUGAAACAGAAGAAAAUAUUCCUAGGAGAAAACAGCCAACAAAAAUUGAAGAAGAAAAUAUUAUUACUUCUUCUAAUUUACCAACACUUAUUUCUACUACAAGUACAACAACAACAGCAACCACUACUUAUAAUUUACCUAGACCUAAUAAUUUUGUUAAUAUGGAGACUAAGAAAGGUUUGAUCUAUUUCUCAAAUUACAGUAAGAAUAAAUUAUUGAGUUUUGAGAUAGGGCAAGAAUAA